AUGGCAGGAAGGAACGAUGAUGCGAUUGCUGCUGCCUUAGAGGCAAUGGCUCAAGCUUUUGAGCAUCAGCCUAAUGGUGGUGAGAAUGCUGCAUCUCGCAAUUUGGCUACUUUCCAGAGGGAGAAUCCACCUAUUUUCAAGGGUACCCAUGAUUCUGAUGGCGCAUUGACUUGGCUAAAUGAGAUUGAACGGAUCUUUCGUCUGAUGGAUUGCUCUCCAGAGCAGAAGGUUCGGUAUGGGACUCAUCAGUUAGCGGUUGAAGUUGAUGAUUGGUGGCUCGAGACUUGUGAGAGGUUGGAGGCUAGUGGCGAAGGAGUCACUUGGGCUGUUUUCCGUAGGGAGUUCUUGAGGAAGUACUUUCCUGAAGGUGUCCGUGGCACGAAAGAGAUUGAAUUUCUUGAGUUGAGGCAAGGAAACAAGUCGGUUGUGGAGUAUGCUGUUAAGUUUGGCGAGUUGGCUAAGUUUUACCAACAUUAUGAUGGGCCAACUGGUGAAUUCUCAAAGUGCAUUAAGUUUGAGAAUGGAUUGCGUUCCGAGAUCAAGAAAGCGGUUGGUUACCAAAAGAUUCGUGUCUUUGCGGAUUUGGUUGAUUGUUGUCGUAUCGUUGAGGAGCAAAAGUCAGCAAGGUCGUGGCAAGCCUUAUGA